UCGGUCUAUACAGCUUCGUUCUUUCCAAGAGAUCCGUCGACAGCAACCGCUAUGAGGCGAUGAAAGUACGGCAGCGCAUCCGCGACGCCAACAAGGGAGAGUACGUGGUUCCGGAGCGCAAGUUCGAGUGAGUCCGCGCGAUGGCCGACCCGGCGCAGCAGCAGAUGGAGACGGCGAAGCUGCAGCUUGUGCAGGAGCUGGAGAUCGAGAUGCUGUCGGACCUGUACGGCCGCAUGACGGCGGCGUGCCACAGGAAGUGCAUCCCGCCCCGCUACAAGGACGCCGAGCUGGGGAAGGGGGAGGCGGUGUGCCUGGACCGGUGCGUGGCCAAGUACCUGGACGUGCACGAGCGCAUCGGCAAGAAGCUCACGCAGCUGUCCGUGCAGGACGAGGACUUCAUGAAGAAGAUGCAGGCGGAACCCAAGUCGUGAGCGCCCGUGCCACUGUAGUGUAGUGUAUCAUAGAUGAUUAGAGACCCUACAAUAUACCAGGCUCCAUCGUAGCAUCUGCUCGAGCCACCGUCUGGAAUAACAGCUAUCCAUCUAUAGUACAGCAUGGGAAGUAAAAUACACUGUUAAACGGAGUCAUUUUAUUUUUCAUCUGUGAUGUUCACAAUAUCAGGGACUUAAGUCCUUCUUGUAAUAUUGGAAAAAAAAUUAUUUUAAAGCUGUGUGUAAUUUGAGUCUCAACAUCAAAACCCGUAUUUUUGUUGAUACAUUUAUGUACUUGCAAAGGGUUGUUAAAUGUUAUUUUGUAUUGUGUUGUUUUAAGUUUUCCCCACUCAUAUUAUUUGUAAUAAAUGUUUACUGAAGAUAA